AAAAUAGUCAAUUAUCGACAAAUCAUCUUCCUUUUAUUUAAGAUGUCAGACGCCAGCAAGCAAAAUAUGGCACCGAAAAGUGCCAAAAUCUCAGCUGGUGCGGUGGUUUGCGUAGAGAGCGAAAUAAAAGGAGACGUGACCAUUGGUGCGAGAACAGUAGUCCAUCCCAAAGCCAGGAUCAUUGCAGAAUCCGGGCCUAUCGUCAUUGGAGAGGGGAAUCUAAUAGAGGAGCAGGCUCUUAUUAUUAACAGUUAUCCAGAAAAUAUCAUGCCAGACGCAGGACUUGAACCAAAAACGAUGAUAAUUGGAACCAACAAUGUGUUUGAAGUUGGAUGCGUCUCUAGAUCUUUGAAUAUUGGGGAUAACAAUGUCAUUGAGUCUAAAGCUGAGAUCGGCAGAAAUGUGAUUCUGACCAGUGGCUGCAUCAUUGGCGCAUGCUGCCAGAUCAACACAUGUGAGGUAGUGCCUGAAAACACUGUGGUCUACGGGUCGAAAUGCAUCAGACGUGUUCAGAGCGAGAGGCCCCAGCCUCAAACUCUGCAACUUGAUUUCCUCAUGAAAAUUCUGCCCAAUUAUCACCAUUUGAAGAAAACAGUUAAAGGCACUGGGGCUCCAAUGAGAAGCUAAUUGGUAUAAAAAUAGUAUAAUCUGACAACUGCACAAGACAUUAUAUAAAAACAAUGUACUUUUCACAUUUUAUUUUUAUUGUUAGUCAUCACUAUAUAUCUUGCACAUUCUUUUCUGUGGCUGUUUCUGACAAAAUGUUUGACAUGAGUUGUACAUGUUCCAUUUGGUAGCAAUAUUUAUCUAUAUUUAUAACUCCACGCAAUGCAGUU